ACCUUUUUUUUAUGUUAUUUUGAUAUUUUGUUUUGUUUGUUCUUUUCUUGUUUAUCAAUUAAAUAAAAAAUAAUGGCAUUAUCGGCUGUACGUCGUUUGAUGACCGAAUAUAAACAGCUUACAUUGAAUCCACCUGAAGGAAUAUUAGCCGGUCCCGUGAAUGAAGAUAAUUUUUUCGAAUGGGAAGCCUAUGUUACUGGACCCGAUUCAACAUGUUAUGAAGAUGGUGUUUUCUCGGCACGUAUAACAUUUCCAACAGAUUAUCCAUUAUCACCGCCUAAAAUGCAAUUUACAUGUGAAAUGUUUCAUCCAAAUGUUUAUCCAGAUGGCCGUGUUUGUAUAUCAAUAUUGCAUGCUCCAGGUGAAGAUCCUCUUGGUUAUGAAUCAAUUUCGGAACGUUGGUCACCAGUACAAUCGGUGGAAAAAGUUUUACUUUCCGUUGUAUCAAUGUUAGCCGAACCGAAUGAUGAAUCCGGUGCCAAUGUUGAUGCGGCAAAAAUGUGGCGACAAGAUCGUCAAACAUUUUUGGAUAAAGCCGAAGAAAUUGUACGAAAAUCAUUGGGUUUUUGAAAAAAAAUCAAUUUUUUAGCAAAUGAAUUAUUCCAAUCAUGUUUCUCAUCCACCUCCCCAAAAAAAUAGCAAAAUUUGUGAUCCAAACAAAAAUUAUUUACAUUCUUUUUUCGUUAAUUUUCAUUAGUUCAGGGAUUUUAUUCAUGUGAAUUCGUAUAUUAUUCUGCAUUCGUGUAUGUGUAUUUUCUAUGGAAAAUAAUAAAGUUUGCAUAAUGGAAUA